GCUCGGCUGUGCAGGUCUUGCUCUGCCUGCGUAAUGCGGAUUUUCGAGUUCAACGAUCUUAAAGAUACACGAUGGAACUAACGAAGUAAUACCGGUAAUAAUAAUGUUACUACCGGAUAUUAAGCAAAGUCAUAUGACCCCCGAGCCACGGAAUGCCGAGGGAAGAUUUUCUCAUAUAUAGUGACUUAUGAAGAAUUUCAGUGACCAUCCAUGCCAGCCCUCACUAAUAUCUAACAAAAACCGGAAGGUGAAUUGGGGAGUUUCUCAUCUUGACACAAUGGAGGAUAUCAGAAUCAGCAUUGUUAAUGAUCGAGUGCCAGGUACCAAGAGAGCCCGAGAUCAAACAGAAGCACAAUCACCUUGCCCCAAGAGAUGUCGCAAUGUGUUUAUAUGUAGUACUCCAUGCUCUGCUUCAUAUUCACAAGCAGAGGGCAAUCUGAAGAACUGCCUGUUACUGAGCCCAACCUCAGCAGAGCUGACCGAUGAAUUAGAUGAUUCUCUGCUGGAACCAUCUGGUGAAGAGGGGGAUUCCCCUUUGCAUUUAACCCAAGAACAAAUUGACGAGUUAUUAGAAGAUGAUGGAUGCUAUGCUGCUGAGUCUUCCACUUUAGACAGCACGGCUGAAGUACAAGGUAACUUAGUUUCACAGCAUAUCCAGUCACCGGGUCUGCAAACAACAGUCUCCAAUGCAAUAGCGUUAUCGCCACUCUACUCCUCUAUUUCUGCUGAGGAACUGGAUGACACACUAGGAGAGAGUGACACAAGCAUUUGCACAUUAAGGGCCCUGUCUGUAUGUAAGUCAGAGCAGGACAGUACUCUUAACUGUGGAUCUGGAGAGACUUCCACAACUUGUUGGAUUCCAGCAGUGUCUGGUUCAAGGACAGAUCUUUCACCUCCAUCUCACAACACACCAGACAUACACAUUACUAGCACAAAGUGUUCAGACUUAGAGAAUGUUGACAAGUGGAGUGAGGGUUCUGACUUGCCAUUUGACUGUGACAUAGACGAUAUUCUGUUGCUUAGUCCUAAAAUAACUGACUCAGAGGAGGACAGCAUUUCUAAUGGAGUUUCCACGCCUGUCACUGUGCCCAUUAACUCUACUCUAAAUAUAUUGUUGCAACCUGUAGCUAUCCAAAAGUCUCCCACCUUACCAGAAUGCACAUUACCCCCAUCUGUUUCUAACCACAUGCCUCCAGAUUCAUUUGAACUCUCCACACCUUCUUCAGUUAUUUGUCCUAGACCCCAUCUGAAUACUGCUCCAGAAAGCUCAGACAUAGCAAAGCAGGAAAAGGAACCCACUACGGCUGUCUCAGAGUCAUCAGAUAAAAAAGGAGGAGGUUCCAGCGUACCCCUUACCUGCAAAACAUCUUCACAGAAAUCAAAGAAGCAGCUCCCACCACAGAUGGUGGCACCAGUGUGGUGCAAUAAAACAAGCCCAACUUUCGCUCAGGGAAAGAAAUUAGGAACAGUUACACCAUUGCCAAGACCAGUAUCAAGGGUUUCAUUUUCAUCAUAUGACCUGGUAGAAAAGAAAAACCAGUACAUUAAUCGGGUUAUGAUGCAUCUUGAUGGGCCUAAUACUUCAGAAGAUCCACAUUACCAGCUGGCUUCAUUGCUAAAUCAGAUCAGCAGAGAAAAUCCAAACUGGCAGCACCCAGCUGACUUCACAAGAAGAAACCAUCCUCGAUACAGAAGGAAGGAAUUUGGACGUUGUAGCCUACAUGAGUGGGUGACUAUGAAUGGAGGGCCUAAUCAACGAUUCAAGGGUUUGCCACACACAUUCCAAAGGAGCCCAGUUCCUGAAGAGAGUCCCUUUGAGCCCUUGUAAUAUUGGACUUGCAGGCUCAUUUUUUGAACAUUGACUCUACAUUCUGGUUUACAUUGGUUUAUUACACUGUAUUGCUUUUAUUGACCCUAACAAGGGAUUUUAUUUCUGUUAUGGAAACUGUCCUGGAUCGGUUAGUUCCAUUGUUAUAAUAAAUGUGAAGUUUCACAA